UUACUCUCUCUCUCUCCUUCUUCUUCUUUUUCUCUCUAUCUCUCUAUCUCUAUCUCCCACUCUCUCCUCCUCCCCCUCCUCAGCUCUAUCCUCUCAUCUGGUUCGGGACAUUCUCCGCUUUUACGCGCACGCAGAUUAGCGGGGAUUCUGCCUCCCCGCCUGCUGAUGCUGAUGCUGAUGCUGAUGUCCUUGAGCUCGGCCUGCACACGCUCCCGGUGGUGCAGCAGUAGCUACCUCUGAACUGGAUCCACUUCCUGUCUCUGGUUUAUCAGCCACCUUUACCUCGCUCGCCCCUCUCUCCAUCCUUCUGUCAUCCCUUCACUUCCUCCUCGUCGGUUAGUCCCUGUGCCCGUCCUCCCGUCCAUGGACCGGCCGUGACCUCGGAGGGAGGGGGACAGAAACGAAGAAAGAGUGGAGUCGCAGCGGAGACAGGCGAUAAAGAAAGCUGGAUUGGUUCCGACAUCGCGCUACUGAAGAGCCCCUGCUUGCUGCCUAUCAUCCCCCUCACCCUCCUUCUCCUCCUCCUGUAAUGGAGAAAUAAAGGAGCAGUGGGAGGUUAGGAGCACAUGCUAAGAAGAAAAAUCCCCAACAACCUUCUUCAUCACUGCAAUUAACACGUCCUUGACUACAACAUUUAGGUAGAGCCAGGAUUUUCACUGUGGAGCACAUGAACACCCCUGAACCAAGCCGACCAAAGUGGAACUGAUUUGAGGACACUCUACUGAGAGAGGAGGACCAAAAAAAAAAAAAAAAAAAUUUGAAGAAAGACACUGACAUGUCAACUACAGCCACCAUGGGUGAAAUGGCAAACAGUGCAGUGGAGUUUUAUCCCAAAGGAACUCGGGGUGGGAGCAGAGGAGGUGGAGGAGGAGGAGGAGGAGGAGGAGGAGGAAGGGCAGAUGGCAGCCACACUGGGGAAGACUUUGCGGUGACGGUGAACGAGCUCAGGGAGCUAAUGGAGCUCAGAGGGGCCGAUGCCCUGCAGAAGAUCCAGGACAGCUACGGGGAUACAGAAGGACUCUGCCAGAGACUGCAGUCCAGCACCACUGACGGUCUCAGUGGAGACCCAGCAGAUCUGGAGCGUCGGUAUCAGGCCUAUGGAAAGAACUUUAUUCCACCGAAGAAACCCAAGACGUUCCUGGAGCUCGUAUGGGAAGCGUUACAGGAUGUUACACUUAUAAUCUUGGAGGCAGCUGCCAUUAUCUCCCUCGGCCUCUCGUUCUACCAGCCGCCUGGGAAAGAGAUGGAAGGCUGUGGAAAUGUGUCAGCAGGUGCAGAGGAUGAAGGCGAGGCCGACGCUGGCUGGAUAGAGGGGGCCGCCAUCUUGAUGUCUGUCGUGUGUGUCGUCUUGGUGACGGCGUUCAAUGACUGGUCCAAAGAAAAGCAGUUCCGUGGUCUUCAGAGUCGGAUCGAGCAGGAACAGAAGUUCACCGUUGUGCGGAAAGGAAAUGUCAUCCAGAUACCUGUGGCUGACAUGGUGGUGGGAGACAUAGCCCAGGUCAAAUAUGGUGACCUGCUGCCGACUGACGGUAUCCUGAUUCAAGGCAAUGACCUGAAGAUAGACGAGAGCUCGCUGACAGGAGAGUCUGACCAUGUACGGAAAUCUGCGGAGAAAGAUCCAAUGCUGCUCUCAGGUACCCAUGUGAUGGAGGGCUCGGGCAGGAUGCUGGUGACCGCGGUAGGAAUCAACUCACAGACAGGCAUCAUCUUCACUUUACUGGGAGCUGGAGAGAUGGAGGAGGAAGGGAAGGAGAAGAAAGGAAAACAACCUGACGGAGCCGUGGAGAACAACCAGAACAAAGCUAAGAAGCAGGACGGAGGCGUGGCGAUGGAGAUGCAACCCCUGAAGAGUGCAGAAGGGGGCGAGGUGGAGGACAGAGAGAAGAAGAAGACCAACGUUCCGAAGAAAGAGAAGAGUGUGUUACAGGGAAAACUCACCAAACUGGCCGUCCAGAUCGGAAAAGCAGGUCUGGUGAUGUCAGCCAUCACUGUCAUCAUUUUAGUGCUCUACUUUGUCAUCAACACGUUCGUAGUGGAAGGUCGUAUCUGGAUGGCAGAGUGUACUCCAGUCUACAUCCAGUACUUCGUCAAGUUUUUCAUCAUUGGAGUCACCGUGUUGGUAGUGGCUGUUCCAGAGGGUUUACCUCUGGCUGUGACCAUCUCCUUGGCCUAUUCUGUCAAGAAAAUGAUGAAGGACAACAACCUUGUGCGCCACCUGGACGCGUGUGAGACCAUGGGCAACGCCACGGCCAUUUGCUCUGACAAGACUGGCACCCUGACCACGAACCGCAUGACUGUGGUGCAGUCCUUCCUCGGUGAUGUGCACCACCGUGUGAUCCCUGACCCUGGACAGAUCAGUCCCCGGGCGUUGGACCUGUUAGUCAACGCUAUUGCUAUCAACAGCGCCUACACCUCCAAGAUCUUGCCACCUGAUGUGGAGGGGGGUCUGGCUAAGCAGGUAGGCAACAAGACAGAGUGUGGCCUGCUGGGAUUCGUCUUAGAUCUCCGCCAGGACUACACACCUGUCAGGGAACAGAUCCCCGAGGAGAGACUGUACAAGGUGUACACCUUUAACUCGGUGCGUAAGUCCAUGAGCACAGUGAUCAAGCUGCCUGAUGGUUCCUUCCGCCUCUACAGCAAAGGAGCUUCAGAAAUUAUGCUGAAGAAAUGUUCCUACAUCCUGGAUGCCAACGGAGAGCCUCGCAUUUUCAGACCACGUGACAGGGAUGAGAUGGUUAAACAGGUAAUUGAACCAAUGGCAUGUGAAGGUCUGAGAACCAUCUGCAUCGCGUACCGUGAUCUGUCAGGAACUCCAGAGCCAGAGUGGGACAAUGAAGCAGAGAUAGUGACAGAGUUGACCUGCAUCACCAUAGUUGGGAUUGAGGACCCUGUUCGCCCUGAGGUGCCCGAGGCCAUCCGCAAGUGUCAGCGCGCAGGCAUCACAGUACGAAUGGUGACUGGUGAUAACAUUAACACAGCCAGAGCCAUUGCUGCCAAAUGUGGGAUCAUACACCCUGGUGAUGACUUUAUCUGUAUAGAGGGCAAAGACUUCAACCGACGAAUCAGGAACGAGAAGGGAGAGAUUGAACAGGAACGAAUUGACAAAAUAUGGCCCAAACUCCGCGUCUUGGCUCGGUCCUCACCGACAGACAAACACACACUGGUUAAAGGCAUCAUUGACAGCAACGUCAUAGAACAGAGGCAGGUUGUCGCAGUAACAGGAGAUGGAACUAAUGAUGGACCAGCUCUGAAGAAGGCUGAUGUGGGCUUUGCCAUGGGUAUCGCUGGAACAGACGUGGCAAAGGAAGCGUCUGACAUUAUACUAACGGACGACAACUUCUCCAGCAUUGUCAAAGCGGUGAUGUGGGGACGCAACGUCUAUGACAGCAUUUCAAAGUUCCUGCAGUUCCAGCUCACGGUCAACGUGGUGGCUGUUAUCGUCGCCUUCACCGGGGCGUGCAUCACUCAGGACUCUCCCCUGAAGGCAGUGCAGAUGCUGUGGGUGAAUCUGAUCAUGGACACGUUCGCUUCUCUGGCUCUGGCCACUGAACCCCCCACUGAGGCCCUGCUGCUACGAAAACCCUACGGCCGGAACAACCCGCUCAUCUCACUGACUAUGAUGAAGAACAUCCUGGGUCAUGGGGUGUACCAGCUGGUCAUCAUCUUUACUCUGUUGUUUAUAGGUGAGCGCAUUUUUAACAUCGACAGUGGCCGCAACGCCCCGCUCCACUCCCCUCCCUCUGAGCACUACACCAUCAUCUUCAACACCUUCGUCUUAAUGCAGCUGUUCAAUGAGAUCAACGCUCGCAAGAUCCACGGGGAGAGGAACGUCUUCGACGGCAUAUUCUCCAACCCUAUCUUUUGUUCCAUCGUCCUGGGGACGUUUGCUGUGCAGAUUGUGAUCGUGCAGUGGGGAGGGAAGCCUUUCAGCUGCGCUCCCCUCAACAUUGAACAGUGGCUCUGGUGUCUUUUCGUCGGAGUUGGAGAGCUUCUCUGGGGGCAGGUGAUCGCCACAGUGCCGUCAGAGCGGCUUCCUUGCCUGAAGGAGGCUGGGUUGGGCCUGGAACCUGGGGAGGAAGAAGGGGAGGAGCUGGCAGAGGAUGAAGAAGAGAUCGACUGUGCCGAGAGGGAGUUGCGGCGUGGACAGAUCCUCUGGUUUAGAGGCCUGAACCGCAUCCAGACCCAGAUGGAGGUAGUGAGCACUUUCAAGCGAAGCGGUUCGUUUCAGGGAGCGGUGAGACGGCGCUCCUCUGUGCUCAGUCAGCUCCACGACGUAAACACUAUCUCUACCCCCUCUCACAUGCGAGUGGUGAAAGCAUUCCGUAGUUCGCUGUAUGAGGGCCGGGAGAAACCAGACUCCCGCAACUCCAUCCACAACUUCAUGGCCCACCCGGAGUUCCUCAUCAACGACCUCAUCCACAACAUUCCACUGAUCGAUGACACCGACGUGGACGACGAAUCAGAGCAUAGCAGAUACCAACACCUGCACCCGGCCCUCCGCAAGCCACCGCCGCCUCCCACACAUCCUCAGCCCCCAACCCGCAAUCGCCCCACCCGCCCCUAUCGCCAGUACAGCCUCCCAGUGACCCCGUGCAACCGAAACAACAACAACAGUAACAGCAGCAGCAGCAGCAGCAGCAGCAGCAGUUCAUCUGUCACCCACUGCAACAGCAGCACCAAUGCAAUUACUCCCAACGACCGGAGCCUCCAUCACCACUAUCAACACCAACACCAACACCAUUGCCACCAUGGCAGGGACAGGCCAGUCAAACCCUCUGGCCCUUAUCUGGCCCAUCUCUACUGCGUGGAGACCUCCUUAUAACUGAUAUGACUGUGGGUCUGAGUGGGUGUGGGGAGAUGUUCUGGGGUACGGAGUCUUGAUCAAGGGGAAGAAAAUGGCAUGAGAGAGAGAGGGCCGACGACAUACGCUGACACACACAAACACAGAUAUAUGACAUUUUCAUAUACAUCCACGUACAACAAGCUAACAGGAAGGGGGUAAAGGACGAAGGGAGGUUCAGGAGGGAGUGAACAAUGGCCAGAGACUUCUGCUUGGAAACUCCCAGAGAACAUUACAACUUUGCCUCUCCUUUGCCCUCCGGUCCUGGCCCUCUCAAGUCUGAGCCUCCUUGAGACAAACAGCCACCCCACCAACUAAUCUCUCUCCACCGUCAAACCAUCCAUCAACCUUGCUGAAGAACCCAUACACCUCAUUUGCCUUGCCUGACCUCAUGCAGACUUUUCACACACACGCUGUGAUGUUGGUUAAUAACAAAGGCAGGGACAGAUGUCCAAAAAAAAAAUGAAACCAUAACAAAACAAACAAAAAACUGAAAAAGGCAUCUCUCAGUGCUUCACUCAUGAAGCCGUGACUGACUCACUCUGCUUCUAUUGGUGUUCAUCUUCAGUGUUAUAAACCACAUAACUACCCCCCCUCCUCCCCCCACCUGCCACGGCACCUUUGUCACCACUGCCAUCAUAAUCAUUUAUAUACAGCCACUUUAACGUCACUCCCACUGCUUGUGCUGUAAGGCUUCGUUAGGCUAACUAUAACUUUGCUCAUUUUCGUCUUCUGACUCGCUCAUUCUCAGCAUAAAGGUGCUCAUUUCUUUUCCUUUAGGUCGGUUUAUUACUUUGAUUUCCCCCUUCUCUCUAAUUGUGUUUUUUAAUCACCUCUUUCUCUAAUUAUAUGUGUAUGUGUGUGUGUAUUGUCUUGUCUUUUGUAGGGGAAAAAAACGAACAAAACCAGAACAGGCAAAUAGUUGCUGUUCACUGAAACCUAAUAGUGAAGAGAAAGUUGGGUAAUAACUGAUAACUGACAGACUGCAGACGUCUGCCCCGUUCUAAUCUGCCACCUCUGCCGACAGAACACUGCAGGGAAAUGUUGAUUCAUAUUUGCAAAAUAUAAAAAGCUAUUUGAGAAAUGCAGUCACUGGAGAUGAGAUAGAAUGUGAUCAGCAUUAGCUGUCACUGUGCAGUCUGUCCUAGAGGGGGCAGAAUUUUGCAAUGUGUCAGUUAAAUCUGUGGGAUGCAAAACAAUGUCAUGAGCUUUUCAUAUCCAUCCACUAUGUUAUAUUCUGUCCCUAACACGCAUGGCCCUUGAAUGCCACCCCGGGAGUGUACAUGAUCUGUUGUAUCCGUUGUUUUGGGCACAUAAAUACAACAGUCCUGUAUACGGCACCAACCUCAUAGCCUGCUCCCAAACCCUUUGGUAUGAUGGAAUAAUCCAUGGGCCUCAUGUGGGCAUGAGGACAUAAAUCAUGUCCAACUCUUUCUUCCUGUUCCAGUCAUUUCUUGUGCUGCACGUCUGGUCUCUUGUCAGUGGGUGUGGUUGUGUUCCUGCUUUUUUUUUUUAAGUAAAAUUUUUUUUUAAAAAAGCUGGAUGCAUGUGGAGCAUUAACCCUUUAAAAUGCCAUCUCACACACAAUGCACAGACGAUGGCCCUUUAAAACUUCACAUGCACUCACUUCCAGGCUGCUCAUCUGUCUUUGCGUCACAACUUCACUCAGACUCUACUUGUUGUUUCUUCAGGCAAAGAAAAGAAAAAGAAAGUCACUGCUUGAUGCUUCAAGACGGCUGAAGAAAUCAGACCCAGUGUUAGCACUAGCCUGCGGCACUCGAGUUUACUCUAGUCCACUGAUGUGUUCACUCCGUGUGUUGAUUAAGACAGCUUCAAAAUAACAGGUAAACAUUGUUUGGUUAAAUAUCCAGAUUUCUUCUUAUGCUGAGUUACAAUACCUUCCCAGGAUGUAAUCUCAGCUGAACCAAUAGGAGAACAGCUGACCUUGACCUGUCAAGAUCUUCCAAAUUAUGUAGUUUCUAUGUGCUAUAACAAAUCAAAUCAGCAUUGUUUCAAAAUUGCGCCAAAGACGGUCACAUAGUGAUGCACAACGUAACAGGGACCAACUUUAAUAUGGAUGGUGUUACACUGUGAAAUCCCUUCUAACAUUGCAUUGACAAGUUUCAACCAAAAAGUGGUCUAUUCUAGCUUUAACUCAGCAGUGUGUGUGUGCACACAAUUGGGCUUUGUCAAAAAAAAUUUAGAAGAUGGAAUGUUAGAAUCUGACAGAAAGCUGUGUGUGUGGAGUAAAUUGUGCCUGUUCAGUCUUGUCAGAGAGGUUUGGUCAGCUCUGUGUGAAGUGCAGAAAGAGUAUCAGCCAAAAUGAUUACAAUGAAAAGACAAUGAGAUGCUCUUCCUGUAGAAAUGGCUUAAGAAAACAGGUACCUGUCCUUUAUAUAAUGAGAUGCUAAUCAGCUAUGGGAAGUCAGCAAAUAAGACACUGGAUUAUUGACCGUACUGUACUGAAGCUGUCUGUGAUCAGAUUACACACAAGACAAAACAAAUAAAAACAUUUAAAAAUCCUCUAUCCAUGUGACACCACAUCAACAUUCCAUAUGACAUACAUUCCAGACUGGGUGUGAGAGUGCACUCCUGUAUCCCAUGUUGCACUAGGUGUGGGUGAACCUGCUGACUCCAUGUUGCCUCAGAGUGUGACUGCAAUACAAUAACACAAACCUGGACACAUUCCACAUCCAUCCACUGGUUCAUCCCAUCCAACCCUCCCUCUGCUUUUCCUCAGGCGUCUCCUCCCUAUAUUCCUAAAUUAUCGACCGCUCCCCUUACCACCACCAGAGAACGCUAAUGGGCAGACAAUAUGCAACAGACUGCCUUACCCACAGCUGUUCCCUACAGUAGGCUAAUAGAGCUGCUGUCAGACAUGGAUGGUGGAGAAAGAACAUGUCUGUCCUGCUAUAGUUCUGGUCCAGGAUGUGUGCAGGGCUCUCUGGGAACAAAAUACCCUUUCCUGUACAGAACUGUGUCUUGAAUGCUCAUCAUCAUCCACGUCACCACCCUGACCGGAGCCGUGGUAGAGGGCAGGUGGGUGGUGACAUUGUAUUGCUCUGUCUGUUUUAAAGCAUGCAUUUUGGAAAUCAUUAAUGUCACUCUUUAUGUGUUGGUAAACCAUUUAGGCUACUGUCUCUCCCACUACUGUGUGCUAUAAUCUUUCCACUUCUGCUGUCUCUAUUGAAAACAACUUGAAUCUAUAUAAGUGUGAAGACACUCAUGAACAUAAUGCAAUUAUCAGCUCUUUACCCUGAUCUUAACCUUCUCAACUAAAUAUCUGUACCCACAUGCACAGCGACGACAAGCCAACAAACUUUGCUUAGCUCACAUACAGCAAUCAAUUGAAGGCCUUUAUUGGCACAGAUCUGGUAUCCAGCCAGUGGGCCACACCUGGGACUGAAAAUGUGGGCAAUAGGCUACAACCAGAGUCACCCCUCUUUUGACCUGUGGUUGAAAAGGUCAAUACCUUAUUUAUUUCCCUGUCAGAAAAUGUAUGUUUUUGUAGUUUGUCUGAGAUCUGGCCCACAGUUUAAAUACCAGAUGUGAGUGAAUAAAGGCCAGCAAUUUAUGGAUGUACCUAGGCCACAUGAAGGACUUCUAUUGGCCCACCACUUGUCUAGACUGAUUUUGUUCCAAGGAGACUUGACCUCCGCAAAGUUGUAGACCUGCGUCGGUAUUCUCACAAUGAUGGUUUUUCAAACUACGUCCUUACGGCCGAGUACACACACACACAUGCACACACACACGCACACACAAACACACACCGCCUAUGUAACAACAAGGGUAAUUAGUCUACAGAAGUGUAAAAUUGAUUGUCAAGUCCCGGCCAUCUCUGUCCAUUCUUCCAGGCACAUUACAUCAUGAUGUUGUGAGACAGUUUCACAGAAAGCAAAACACAAAUAAUGUGAAAAAGAAUAUAUUAUAUUUAUCAAAAAAAAUUAGAAAUUGUACAACCGCAUCACUACUGUACAGUUCGCCCAAUGUGCACAUGUGCAUCUUUAAUUUACAGGUACUAUGUUCCUGGCAAACCUUUUUUUUAUUAUCAUUUUUGAAUGUUUAUUUAUUUAUUUAUUUAUUUACUUAUUUAUUUCAAACCUGUUGCUUUUUGUAAAGAGAGGAACAACAAAAUGGAAGUGCUUGUAUAUUAUUAUGAUUAUUAUUGACUUUUUUCCACUGGUGCUCCCACUAGUGGAAAAAAAACGACAGUUGCACAUUCUCCUGAGCAUAUUCUGAGGGCUGUGUUUUCUGUCCAUUGAACAGCCCGUGACGUGUGCAGAAGUGUGGAGAUGUCUAAAGUCUCCUUAGACCCGAGACACUACACUGUAAAUAAAGAACAGGAGAUACGCAUGUGUAUCUCAAUAUGAUCUGAAUGGACAAAGUAAAGACACAGAGAGGACAAAGAACCGGAGGGCGACGCAGAACUAGAGGGUCCAGAAGUGCAACACAUACACCUGUGUGUUGUCUAGGCUGCUCUUUUAGAUCUGCUGCAAGUAUUUACUGCCAAGUGAUGAGACAAAAGGAAAAAGAAUUUUUGCAUUCUUCAUUAUUAUACAUACUGUUGUAAAUAUCACGUAUGGAAUGGUCCCCUCCUUCAUGCACCAUGCAGUGCUGUUCCGCAGACAGAAAAUGCAGCCUUUACCUGUGCUGAAAUUAAUUUCCAAAAAGACCAAAAAAAGACAAAAAACAUGACAAAAAAACAGAAAAAUAAACAAACAGAACAUAAAGAUUAUUGAAUAUAUUAAAGAGUUACUUGCCUGUUAUUUAAGCGAAUAAAUAUCUAUAUAUGAGAAAGAACACACCUGUAUACUGUAGACUAAAUCUGUACGGAAAUCUAAGAGAAUUUAAUGGAAAUUAAGUCCAACACCUUUUGUCUGUAUGAAAGAAAAAAUACAUCAAAGUAUUCUACAAUAAUAACUUUGACAAAGUA